AUGCAGAAAGGCCCUCCUUUGCAGAAGCGCGCACAGUCCUACAAGGGAUGUUACUCCUCAUCAGGCGACAUGACCAAGGCAGGCUCUUACAUGUACCAAUCAAAUGGAUACUGUGGCGAUCAAUGUUCGGGCAAAAACCAAGCCGUAAUGGGCUUAACGGAUAAAGACUGCUGGUGUGGAGACAACAUGCCCUCGGAUAGUGACAAGGUGGAUGACUCGAAAUGCAACACCCCUUGUCCCGGCUGGGACAAAGUCGAGUGUGGUGGAGACGGAUUUUGGUCCGUGUAUACAACUGGAACUGGUACUGCCGGCACAGAAAGUGGAUCAAGUUCAUCUUCGGGCUCUUCAUCAAAGACAAGUUCAACAACCUCGCCCGUCGCGAGUGUAUCAACAAGCAUCGCACCUGGCCAAACUGUUGUCGUCACCAUCGCCCCUUCGGCAACAUCAAGCUCCUCGGCAGAUUCCUCUGGCGGUGGGGGCACCAACACUACUGGUAUUGCCGUUGGUGUGGUCGUAGGCGUGGUGGCAGUGGCCGGCAUCAUUGGCGCUCUCAUAUUCUGGAGAAAGAGAAAGAAUGCCCGAGAAGCCGAAGAAGAAUACGCUCGAAAGAACCAAGCCAACGACUUCAUGCGGCACGGCGGCGAGCGAAAGCCUCCUGGCACAGCUUACAGUGGCAUGAGCGACCAGCGAUUAGACCCCGAAGCCGGCCGAAGAAACAGUGUCGGAAGUCUGGCAGACAACCAGGACUACUCCAGGCGAAUACUGAGGGUCGCCAACCCUGACAACAGCUAG